UUUCAAAAUAAAAACAAAAACAAAAAAAAAAAGAAAGCAUUGGAAUACGUUUAACACUUUCGUAACUUUCCCCUCCCCCACACAUAUAUAUACACACACUAUGACAUUCACGACGACGAGUGCAGCCUGGAAACAUGCCGAACCGCAGAUGGGCAACCUAAGUCCAACCGGUACCGUUGGUGUUGGACGCUCAAUUGUCGCCACGCAGCCAACCGCUGGCGCUGGUGGUCUACCAUCACCAUCUUCACCAUCACAAUCACAACCACAACCACAAACACAACAAAUAACAAAAACAACAACAGCCGGCAAACCAGUACCUGGCUCAACAUUACGCUGCCUUGAUGAUCCCAUCUUCGAUGUGGACAUUGCUCAUUUGGGUGGUGGAGGUGGUGGUAUUGGUGUCAGCGCUGGUGGCGGUGGCAACACUUCGUCAUCGUCCACGUCGACCACCACGGCGGUGACAGCGCGCACCACAGCGAACGAUGUGCUAGAAAAGGCUCGUGACCGUUUCGAUCGCUUUUGGGGCGGCAGCAAGGAGGAGCAUGUUUAAAUUCAAGGAAUAGUGGUAGUGGAAGCAAAAGAAACUAAUACAUACAUAUAUAUAUAUAUAUAUAAAUAGAUAUAUAUAUAUAGAAUAUUAAUAAACACAUAGAUGGCGUUG